GGUCGCGUCACGCGCGCGGCUGGCGGCCAUGGCGGGAAGCGAGUUGCGCAGCGGAGGCAGCUCCCCGCCGCCGCCCCACAGUGACUGGGGCCGUCUGGAGGCGGCCAUCCUCAGUGGCUGGAGGAACUUUUGGCAGUCCGUGGGCAAGGAAAGGGCGGCGCCGGCGACAUCCCAGGAGGAGGUGGAUGAGGAGGCCAGCACCCUAAUGCGGCUGCCGAUUGAUGUACAGCUGUAUAUUUUGUCAUUUCUUUCACCCCAUGAUCUUUGUCAGUUGGGAAGUACAAAUCAUUAUUGGAAUGAAACUGUACGAGAUCCGAUUCUGUGGAGAUACUUCCUGUUGCGGGAUCUUCCUUCUUGGAAUUCUGUUGAUUGGAAGUCUCUUCCGGAUUUAGAAAUCUUAAAAAAGCCUGUAUCUGCGGUCACUGAUGGUGCACUGUUUGACUAUAUGGCAGUCUAUAAAAUGUGUUGUCCACAUAGAAGAAGAUCCUCAAAAUCCAGCCGUCCUGUGUAUGGCGCUGUCACCUCUUUUUUGCACUCACUGAUCAUUCAGAAUGAACCACGAUUUGCUAUGUUUGGACCAGGUUUGGAAGAAUUGAAUACAUCUUUGGUGUUGAGCUUGAUGUCUUCUGAGGAACUUUGCCCAACAGCUGGUUUGCCUCAGAGGCAAAUUGACGGUAUUGGAUCAGGAGUCAGUUUUCAGUUCAGCAACCAACAUAAAUUCAACAUCCUGAUAUUAUAUUCAACUACCAGAAAAGAAAGAGAUAGAGCAAGGGAAGAGCAUACAAGUGCAGUUAACAAGAUAUUCAGUCUACAGAAUGAAGGGGAUGAUCAACAAGGAAGCCGGUAUAGUGUGAUUCCACAAAUUCAGAAAGUAUGUGAAGUUGUGGAUGGAUUCAUCUACGUUGCAAAUGGUGAAGCCCAUAAAAGUUUUGACUUACAUUCCUUAGGACAUGAAUGGCAAGAUGAAUUUUCUCAUAUAAUGGCAAUGACAGAUCCAGCUUUUGGCUCUUCAGGAAGACCAAUGCUGGUUUUAUCUUGUAUUUCUCAAGCGGAUGUAAAAAGAAUGCCCUGUUUUUAUUUGGCCCAUGAACUGCGCUUGAAUCUUCUAAACCACCCAUGGAUGGUCCAGGAUACAGAAGCUGAAAGUCUAACUGGUUUUUUGAAUGGCAUUGAGUGGAUUCUUGAAGAAGUAGAAUUUAAGCAUGCAAGAUGAUCCUUCUUUUGGGCCUUGAGAACGGAAACCAUUUGAAAUUUGUUACUAAUGUCAUGAUGUGGUUAUUUUCUCAGGUCAGCUUGCUUUGUCCUGCCUUUUUGUAGGUGGGCUGUACAUUGGACAACUGUAGCUAAUGCAUUUUCCAUAUUAUUUUUAAUUUUUACCUUAAAUCAAUUAUAAGAGUUUCAGCACUAUCAAUUAGCCUCUAAAUGAAACUUAAAAUUUUUUUUGAUAACUUUUAUAUUUUCUGUCUUUUUUAAAAUAUUAAAUUCUAGAAAAAUCAAGUUUGUGCCUUUCUCAUUCCUUGUGGCUGUUAUUCUUUUUGGUUCAAAGAUUGUCCUGGUAGAGAAGAGCAAAUUUGCUAAGCUUUCCAUAGCAUCUUUCCAAAGGUCUAGAGCUGGUUAUCAGGAAAGAAGUUUUUAUCUAUUUAUAACAAAUACACUGUUUAAAGACUGGAAUAGUAACUGGAAUUGCAUUUAAUAUGACAAUGCAACCUCUUUUUUUUCUGAAACAGUAGAAAGCAAGCUUAUAUCAUAUUGAAUAUUACUUAAGUAAUAUCAUACAUUUUCGACAGAAAGUUUGUAACAUUAUACAUAUAUUUGUAUGUAAUCUCUUUUAGGUGAAUGCCAUUACCAUCAUUGCCUUUUUAUCAGUGAGCUUGAUUUUGCAUGAUGAGCUAUUUGAUUAGGAAGUCUUUGACGAACACCUAAGAGCAUGCAGCUUCACAUACGUUAGAAUAUUCACUUAGAUACUUGUGAUUUUACUAUGGUAAGGCAUUAUUUCCAAUAAUGAUUAAUCCCAAGUUAUGAUGGAACAGUGGUUUUAUUUAUUGAGUACCUCAUGAGAAAGGCAUAAUGCUUUCACAUUAGCUCUUUCAACCUUCCAAUGUUACAAUUAAUGUAUUAUCUCUGAUACAUGGAGAAAAUGAAAAAAAUCACAUAUUUUAAUAUUAAGUCCUAAAUCACUUACCAGAUUAGAAUUAGUUCCUUGUGUCCUCUCUUACAGUACAUUCCAGUAUUUAUAAUCUAAAUUUUUGCUAAAUUAUUUUCAGUUUUUAGUUAAAUUUUCUACAGUGUCUCAAAUCUUUUUUUCUUCCACUAUAUCCUAUAAAACCUGGAUCUCUUUUCUGUUAAGUGGUCUUUUUCUAGUCCUAAUUACAUUUGGAUAGGAGGACUUGCUGCAUGUCUUGGUUUCCCCCCAUGACUCUUUGUAGUAUGUUAUAUGAUUUAAUGGUUUCUGUACUUUCUUGCUGUCUUUGACAAGUCCAUGGGCCCUUUCCAUUUUAGGUUUUUUAAGCUGUAAAAAACAGGGAGUAAGAGGGCAUUUUAAAAAAUACAAAUUAUGGGGAUGCUGCAAAAUUUUUAAAAUCUUUCAUUAUUGGAGCUUGGACUAAAUUCAGGCAAAGGGCAUGGUACUUUGUAUUGCAUAAAUUUUAAAUCUUAGAAAAACCCUGUAAGAUUGGUGGUAUUAUCCCCAUUUUGUACAUGAAGAAAAUAGGGCACGAGAAAAUAAGUAAUAUUCUAUAAUAAUCCAGGUCCAUUUCAUGGUGUGACUAGCGAAAGGACAUUAGAUAUGGAGUCAGAAAACCCCACACCUAAGCCUACAAGCCCCUACAAGUUAUUUCAGUGGCUAAUUAAGAAAUAAAUAUUCCUGACCUCUGUUGUGAUUCACUAAAUUCUCCUUGGUGCUGUAUCAGCAUUUACUAGGGAAGAAGUAAAGCAGUGGUUAUGUGUGCAAUGUCUGUAGCUGUGAAUAACCUAAUUCAAAUUCUGACUGCCAACUUCUUAGCUGUAUGACAGGGCAAGUCCCUUAACUUUUGAGUCUCAGUUUCUUUAUGUAGAGAAUGAGGAUAAUAAUAUCUACCUUGGAUUUCAGUCUUGGCUUUAUCAAGAACUGGAUGUAAGUAUCUGGGCAAGUAACUACUUCUGUGGGUAGGGCUCACCUUCAGCACUAACAGUGUAAGUUUUAUGAGUUUUUCAGUGUCACUCUCUUCUUUGAUUAUUCUGACAUCUGACAGCUAUUUUACAGUUAUGUUUAGCUGGUUUCAUGAAAAUUAAGGGUCAGGGUUCAGUCAGAUUCUAUCUCCACUAUUGAAAAAUAAAUGUGCUUUUUUAUGGUAUGUGAAGAGCUACAUGUGCUUAUUAGUAUAAUGAAUGCUAUUCUGUAAUGGUCUUAGGCUAUCUGUAACUUUAUAGAAAUCAUGGAAGCCCUUGUUUAAUAUAUUGAGGCAUUCAGUACUACAAUUGCAAUUAAAAUAAGCAUAUGCUAAAGGAAUAUUUGUUUUACUUAUGCUCAGAAAAAAUAUAAUUCUCUAUUUUACUGUCAGACUCAUUUUCCUAAACCAUGAGAUUGAUGCCAUUCCUCUGUUGAGAAACCUUCGAUUGCUUGUCAUUAUCCCUAGGAUAAGGAUUGAAAUUUCUAGCCCCACACUUCCAGCAUGGCCAAUCUUUCAUCUACUUUUCUGGUUAUAUUUCCACUUCUCUCUCACUUGAAGUUUCUAUUCCAACAAGCCGCCCUUUAAUUUACUAAGGUACAUUUACACAGCAUAAAAUGAUAAAAUGUACAGACUUUAUGUGAACAACUUGAUGAAUCUUGGCCAAAGUAUGACAGAAAUCAUGAUAAAAAAAUUUUCAUCACCCUCAGAAACCUUUUCCAAUCCCUUUCUAAUCAAUCCCUGAGCCUCUCUCACCCUAGAACCACCAUUCUCAUUUUUUUCAUUAUAAAUAAGUUUAGCCCGUUCUUAAAUUUCAUAUAAAUGAAAUCAUAAAGGAUGUGUUAUUUGGUGUGUCUGAGAUUUACAGUGCCUAUAUUAUAAGUUCAUUUUUAUUGCUGAAUAGUAUUCAUUGUAUGACUGACUAUAUCAGAAUAUGUUCAUCAUUCACCUCCCAAUGGACAUUUGAGUUGUUUCCAUUUUUUGGUUGUGAUGAAUAAAGCUGCUAUGAGCAUUCUUGUACAAA